AUGAGCAGUCCUGGACCAGGGUGGCAACUCCAGCCAUCUCCAGUCUUCUGCUCUGCCAUCCCUGGUGUUUUCCAGUCGUCACAUGUCUCCAGGCAGAAAGAAGGCAAGGGAAAUGUUCCAGAAUCUCAGCUCUUACCAGGAUAGAGGUUUCAGACUAAAGAUCCAGAGGAGCAAGGAGACAUUGUGGUAGCCUUGUACCCCUAUGACGGCAUCCAUCCAGAUGACUUGUCUUUCAAGAAAGGAGAGAGGAUGAAGGUCCUGGAGGAGCACGGGGAGUGGUGGAAAGCUAAAUCCCUUUCAACAAAGAGAGAGGGCUUCAUCCCCAGCAACUAUGUACCCAAAGUCAACACCUUGGAAACAGAAGAGUGGUUUUUCAAGGAUAUAACCAGGAAAGAUGCAGAAAGGCAGCUUCUGGCCCCAGGGAACAGCGCUGGACCUUUUCUCAUCAGAGAAAGUGAAACAUUAAAAGGUAGGAAGAAGCUAUUCUCUGUCAGAGAUUAUGACCCUGUGCACGGUGAUGUCAUUAAGCACUACAAAAUUAGAAGUCUGGACAAUGGGGGUUAUUACAUUUCUCCACAAAUCACAUUUUCUUCUAUUAGUGACAUGAUUAAGCAUUACCAAAAGCAGUCAGAUAGUUUGUGCAGAAGACUGGAGAAGGCAUGUAUCAGUCCCAAACCACAAAAGCCAUGGGAUAAAGAUGCCUGGGAGAUCCCACGGGAGUCCAUUAAGUUGGUGAAGAGGCUGGGUGUUGGACAGUUUGGGGAAGUCUGGAUGGGUUACUACAACAACAGUACCAAAGUGGCUGUAAAAACCCUGAAACCAGGCACUAUGUCAGUGCAGGCAUUCCUGGAAGAGGCAAACCUCAUGAAGACCCUUCAACAUGACAAGCUGGUGAGGCUGUAUGCCAUGGUCACCAAAGAGGAGCCCAUCUAUAUCAUCACCGAGUACGUGGCCAAGGGCAGUUUGCUGGAUUUCCUGAAGAGUGACGAAGGGAGCAAAGUGCUACUUCCAAAGCUAACUGACUUUUCUGCUCAGGUAAAGUACCACAAAGCCAGUGUGUGUACAGCUGCAAAGACUCCCUGCCUCAGCUUCACGGCAAAACGGUUUCGGGAAAAAUGCAUUCCUGUUGACUGUUUCUCUGUCGUGGCUUUGAGAAAAAGGCUUUCCAAAGUGCACUUGCUUGGAGAUAGUAUUGGGUGAUUCACACGAAUGUGCGCAGGUGUGUUGAGUUUUGACGUGGAUGUCAUCUUCUCUAAGACAAGUCAACGUCAACCUCUUUUACUGUCAUGUCCACACUAGUGUUAGAAACAAGGCAGCUGAACUGACCACUUUGAGCUGUGUUUUGGAGAAGCCAUCCCAUGCAGUGUAAGCAUAGCACCUUAUACAUGAUAUGUACGUGGUGUUUAAAUUACUAAUUUAAUGUACUGAUACGUUUAAGUCUUUGUAUUCUUGAAAACACAGGAACUGUAUUCUCUUUCUACCCCACCCCCUUGAAUUCCUUCUUAUAGAAUUUGUAGUACUAGCCUGGAGGUUGUGACUUUUUUUUCUUUGGAAUCUCAUGUUUCCUGAAGUAUAUUUAAGCUCAGAGGGAAGUUACACAGAAAUCCAAUAAUAUGUCUGGUGUAUCAAGAAAAUGUACAUUUAAAUGAUGCCAGCUACUGACUUUUAAUAGCUUCACUGUGUCCAUUAAUUGUGUUCAGGAAUUUGCAUGUUUUAUUUCUCAGUACUGCCAUGGUGGCUCAUGUUCGGAAGCCACGUACGAUAAAGCUGGAAGUUGCACAGGAGAUUUCUAGAAGUUCUACAAAAGGGUGGUCUUCAUGAUUUUCCUUUCAUUACUCCCACUUCUUCCCUCAGACCCUCUUUUAGUUGGGAAAUCAAUA